AAGUUCCAAACUUUUUCGGUUACAAAAUAAUUAACUACAUCUAUUUAACUGGAUUUAAUUAAACUAUAACAUAAAACACAAAAUGGGUAAUUCCAGUUCCAUUUGCGCCGAUCGCAAUGUCAUAACAAAUUUCGAUGAAAAUGGCACGCCGGUAUAUCCCACUGCCAACAAUUCCCAAAGUCCUUCCAAUGGCCAAAUAACGCCUCUGCACACACACAGCCGCGGCAAAGAGCGCGAGCAGGGCUACUACACAAAGAGCAUCAACAACAACCAUGAGAGAGAGAGCCAGAGCUGUUGUAGUAGCAGUAGUCGUGUGUGUAAAAAUCAUACGACUACAACGACAACCACACUCGAAUACGAACUUUCCAAUUUCGCAAAACUAACGACACGAAUCACAACGCAAAGUGCCGCCGAAGUCGCCACAUCGCCGCAUACGGUUACGGACACGGACAGGUACAGGGAUACGGAUACGGAUCAGGGUAAUAUACCUAUAGCCACCGAUUUGGAACUGCCCAAGGGUUUGCCGUUAUCCUCGCGACAUCACUGGAAUCAGCUGCAGAGCAGUUUGCACGCCCUCCACCACCAGCAACAACAACAGCAACAGCAACUACGUUCGUAUAGCUCCACUAGCCACACAAAUUUGGAGGACAAGAUGAGCAAUCCCGCUUCGAAACCGAAUGAAUACGAGAACCGCGAUCGCCUGGGCCUUUGGGGCACUGGUGACAACGAGGUGGUUGGCAGCAUCUCCGGAUUUUCCCGACUUUACGACAAGCGCUACUCAAAGGGCCUGGCCUUCACACACGAGGAGCGCCAGCAGUUGGGCAUCCAUGGCCUGCUGCCCUACGUGGUCAGGGAGCCCAGUGAGCAGGUGGAGCACUGCCGUGCUCUGCUGGGGCGACUGGAGCAGGAUCUCGACAAGUACAUGUACCUGAUCAGCCUGUCCGAGAGGAACGAGCGCCUCUUCUACAAUGUGCUCAGCUCAGACAUCGCCUACAUGAUGCCUCUGGUGUACACGCCCACCGUGGGAUUGGCCUGCCAGCGCUACAGCUUGAUCCACCAGAACGCCAAGGGCAUGUUCAUAUCCAUCAAGGACAAGGGACACAUCUACGACGUGCUGAAGAACUGGCCGGAAACGGAUGUUCGUGCCAUUGUCGUCACGGACGGCGAGCGCAUCCUGGGACUGGGAGAUCUCGGCGCCAAUGGCAUGGGAAUACCCGUGGGCAAACUGUCUCUGUAUACGGCCUUGGCUGGCAUUAAGCCAUCGCAGUGCCUGCCCAUCACCCUGGAUGUGGGCACCAAUACCGAAUCCCUGCUGGAAGAUCCCCUGUACAUCGGUCUGCGCGAACGCAGGGCCACUGGAGAUCUGUACGAUGAAUUCAUCGAUGAGUUCAUGCACGCGUGCGUCCGUCGCUUUGGCCAAAACUGCCUUAUCCAGUUCGAGGACUUUGCCAACGCCAAUGCCUUCAGGCUGUUGUCCAAGUACCGGGACUCUUUCUGCACCUUCAACGACGAUAUUCAAGGAACCGCCUCGGUGGCCGUGGCUGGACUGCUGGCCUCGCUUAAAAUUAAGAAGACCCAGCUGAGGGAUAACACGCUGUUGUUCCUGGGCGCCGGAGAAGCGGCUCUCGGUAUUGCCAACCUGUGCCUGAUGGCCAUGAAGGCGGAGGGUCUCACCGAAGAGGAGGCGAAGGCCCGUAUCUGGAUGGUGGACAGCCGUGGUGUCAUCACCCGCGAUCGCCCAAAGGGCGGACUGACCGAACACAAACUGCACUUUGCCCAGCUGCACGAACCCAUUGAUACUUUGGCAGAGGCGGUGCGCAAGGUGCGUCCAAAUGUUCUGAUUGGAGCAGCUGCGCAGGGCGGAGCCUUCAACCAGGAGAUCCUCGAGCUGAUGGCCGAUAUCAACGAGACGCCCAUCAUCUUUGCACUGUCCAAUCCGACCAGCAAGGCGGAGUGCACCGCCGAGGAAGCGUAUACUUACACCAAGGGGCGCUGCAUCUUCGCCAGUGGAUCGCCAUUUGCUCCUGUGACCUAUAACAACAAGAAGUUCUACCCUGGUCAGGGCAACAACUCCUACAUUUUCCCUGGCGUGGCACUGGGUGUUCUGUGUGCCGGCAUGCUGAACAUUCCCGAGCAGGUGUUCUUGGUCGCCGCCGAGCGCUUGGCGGAGCUGGUCUCCAAGGAUGACUUGAGCAAGGGCAGUUUGUAUCCACCACUCAACUCCAUUGUCAGCUGUUCAGUGGCCAUUGCCGAAAAGAUUGUGGAGUAUGCCUACAAGAACGGAUUGGCCACUGUUCGCCCGGAGCCGGUCAAUAAGCUGGCGUUCAUCAAGGCCCAGAUGUUCGAUCUGGACUAUCCGCGAUCUGUGCCCGCCACCUAUAAGAUGUAGAUGAUGAACCGAUGAAGAUCCAUUCCGCCUACCCCCAGAAACCAAAAGGAGUGGCUAUCACAGAUAUUCGGCAAGGGCGGCGAGCAGCAACCAUGUUAUUUAUUUUAUAAUGUCGCAACAUUUGUCGUCUAGCAUAUAUUCAAAUUUGUAUCGCGGCUAAUUAACCCCCCACUAUCCACCAACCACAUCCCUCUCCGCACCACAAUAGGUUAUUAUAAAACCACUAAAAUGGAAUGUCAUCUGCAUGCGGCGCGCGAUAUUGUGUAAUGCUAACUAUGUAAAUGGGAUAUUGAUCUAAUAGAUAUGUAAACAAAUUUUAUGUAAUCUUGAACAACACAAACUAUUCUAAGGAUAUAUACAAAUAAAAAAUAAAUAAAAAUAA